CGUGAAUUACCCCAACCCCAUUCAUUCAUUCAUUCCUUGAAGUGUGGGGAGCAGCUUUAGCGUAUUAACGGCUUGUGUUCCUGCGAUUCUCGGUGAAUCUUCGGUAAAAUUAAUACGCUAAAAGCUGACCUCCUUGGGGUAAUGAUGGUCAUCUGAUCAUCUUUUUUUAACGUUCCUGAACAUAAGCAAUGGCGAUCGCAUUCCUUUAUUCGGCAUAAUCACUUCCGCGGAAUCAAGCUCGCCAUUCCGGUCACGAGAACGUUUCUUCCCCGGAACUGAAUUCAAGAAAAGAAAGGAUAUAAAUUGCAAGUGUCUUUGCUUUGCUACCUUUCCUUUAGUACUAUCAUACGAUCAUCACUACAAAGAUGACAGCCCCAACAACAUUUCAUCUUCGUAACGGAGGCGUGAGUGUGGUAAUAGAUGCGAAUGCGUUUGGACUUCCAAGUAUCGUCUAUUGGGGAUCAGACUUGGGCAAGAAUGUCAAGAAUGAAGUUAUUGAGAACAUUGCAAGAGCUGCUAAGCCGGAAGGUGUUAGUGGUGGAUUGAGCAUCUCUCCUCGAUUGACUAUCCUUCCACAACCUGCACAUGGAUGGCAAGGCACGCCUGGCGUUUCGUUGUAUCGACCACAAUCCGGAGAAUUCUCGUUCAAAUUGGACCUACGCUCGAUCGAGAAAAAAAGUGGCGAGAGCGGUCUUGUUAUCAAAGGAGCAGACAAAGAAGGUGGAGUAAGUUUCACUCUCGCAUUGCAAGUGACAAAAUCUGGCUUGCUAAGUCAAAAAAUCAACAUCACAAACGCAGGAAAAAGCGAAUUGCAGGUCAAUAGCGUAUACCUAUCCUUCCCUAUUCCAAACAAGCAAACAGAACUGCUCGAUACGACCGGACGUCAUUUGCGCGAAAGACAUCCACAACGUCAUAAAUUUACUGUAGGAAGACAUGUAAGAGAAUCACGUAGAGGAAGACCAGGCGCAGAUGCAACUUUGCUGUUGACGGCAGGUACACCAAACUUUGGAUUUGAGUCAGGCGCUGCUCAUGCUGUUCAUCUUGCUUGGAGUGGAAAUCACACUCUUGCAGCUGAGAGAGGUCCAAAUUAUGCUCCUUUCAUUCAAGCUGGAGAGCUGUUGGAGCCAGGAGAGAUUGUACUCAAAGCAGGCUCAACAUAUCAAUCACCAGAAGCGCUUGGUUCGUGUGGUGAAGGAUUGAACCAAGUCUCACAUCGAUUCCAUGAUCAUUUACGUCAACGAUCCGUUCAUCCUACCCUUCCAAGACCUGUCACGAUCAACACAUGGGAAGCGGUAUACUUUGAUAUGCGAUUGGACAGGCUCAAAGCGAUUGCAGACGCAGCAGCUGAAGUGGGCGCAGAACGAUUUGUUUUGGAUGAUGGCUGGUUCAAAGGAAGACGUGAUGAUACGGCAGGAUUAGGAGAUUGGUUUGUGGAUAAAGAUGUUUGGCCGCAAGGUUUGCAGCCAUUAUGGGAUCAUGUUGAUAAACUUGGCUUGCAAUGUGGUAUUUGGGUUGAACCGGAAAUGAUUAACUUGAACUCCGACUUAGGUAGAAAGCAUCCCGAAUGGAUCUUACGGCCAAACAAGGCUCGACUACCAGUGGAAGGGCGUCAACAGCAAGUACUCGAUAUUUCCAACCCUGAUGCAUUCAAGUAUAUCUUCACUUGUUUGGAUAAAAUUUUGACAGAUUAUCCGUUGAUUAAAUACUUCAAAUGGGAUCACAACAGAGAUUUGUUGGAAUCUGGCAACAUCCACGGUCGUGCAGCAAUACAUGAUAAUGUUGAUGCACUGUAUGAUCUCAUGGCAAAGCUCAAAGAGAAACAUCCAGGAUUGGAAAUCGAAAGCUGUGCUUCUGGCGGUGCACGAGUAGAUUUCGGAAUCUUGCAACACACUGAUCGUAUUUGGACGAGUGAUUGUACCGAUCCUUUGGAACGCUUAACGAUUCAAAAGUACACAAACCUUUUGGUGCCGAAUGAACUGAUCGGGGUACAUGUUGGAGCAGCUCGUAGUCAUACGACUGGAAGAACGCAUGGCUUGCAUUUACGUGCAGGUCAUACAUUGUUUGGACAUAUGGGAAUCGAAUGGGAUAUAAGCAAGAUUCAAAAGGAAGAGCUACAAGAUUUAGCGAAAUGGAUCAAACUACACAAAAAAUGGAGAGAUGUGAUCCAUACAGGCAAGAGCGUUUACGCAGAUCUGGAAGAAGAAAGUGGUGGUGAUUUGAGAGGUGUUGUUUCAACAGAUCAAUCGAGGGCUAUUUUCACAUACACACAAACAAAGACUUCUCAAUAUUACCCUGCUGCACCGGUCACAUUCCCAGGCUUAGAAGAUGAAACGCUGUACAAGCUCAAAUUUGUACAAGAUCCAGCAACGGAUAAGGAACAAUUUGUUGGACAAUCUCCUUUGCUUUGGACAGAAGCAGGAAAAGAUUGCAUCCUUUCAGGCAAAGCUUUGAGAACGGCCGGCGUUCAAAUUCCAACGCUCUUACCGGAAACAUUGAUUGUAUUCGAAGUGGGAAAGGUAUGAGAAGUAAAAAUAGAUACAGAAUUGAAUAAAAUUGCGAACGAGGCCGGUCGA